CAGGUUUUUUUAAAACCCAGGCUGGGAGUUUUCUCAACAAUCAACAACUCCCCUCGAGGAAGGACGACUAGAAAGAAUAUAAACUGUAGAUGUUGAUCAUGUGGUCAGAGUAUAGAAUUUCGAUAAAUUACUAUCCUCUACGGAUGCUCCCAAUUAAUUGUUUUUUUUGCUACAAGAGGCCAAAAAGCAAAAGCUAUCCUUUGCAAGGGAGAUAAAGGAGGCGUAAACAACAGAAGUUUCCAUUGCCUUGCCCUGGAAAUACUUGUUUUUUCUUGUGUUCCAAAUCCAGUAUAGCAGCACGGAUGGAUAGCUCUGCACACUCUUUGUUUGAGCUUCUUCAAAUUUCAAUGCCAAGUUAGGAUCAUUCGGAUUAUGGCUAAUCUUUAGCCACUUCAGAACUGCGUCCCAAAUACCUCUUACACAAGAGAAGUUGGAGUGGUCCAUUUCGUAACCACUCCACACCUAAGACUCCCCUUGUGGAAGGUCAUGAGUUCGAAUCAUUGUGGAGGCGAGACAGAAGAUUUUCCAUCAUUGAACCUCUAGCUCUCUCGUACAACCUUUUUGGUUAGAUCAUUUGCAGAUGUUUCACUUCUUGCAACAUUGUGGAAGCUUGGAGCUACUGGAAACUUGAGGUGAAUUUAUUGUGAACCUGAGGUGACUGGAAGCAUGUGCUCACCUGGCGAUAUCUGUUUUACAUUCGUAUAGGUGACAAGGAUAAAGCUUUAGAGCAGCUCAAGGUGACAGAGAGCAAAACUGUUGCUGUUGGGCAGAAAAUGGGCCUGGUCUUUUAUACACUCCAAAGGGGUUUUUUUGACUUGGACUUUGACCAAAUAUCAAAAAGCAUUGAUAGGGAAAAGAAGUAUGGCCGUAUGGGAGAAGGGAAUCUUUAGUGAAGUUAAUUUCUGGAGCUGUAAUUAUUCUCAGUGAUUCUCCUUUCUUCUCAUAAUUAUUUCUUAUUUGCGUGAAUGGAAGCUUAUUUGAAAAAGGGGGUUAUUGGGAGAGAAAGAACCGGUUCAAGGUCUAUGAAGGACUUUUCUGCAUGUCAACCCGCAACUUCAAAAAAGGAGCUAACGUUUUCCCUGAUUCUAUCUCAACUUUUACCACCUAUGAGCUGUUCUGUUAUGAUGCUUUUGUAUUCUAUACUGUUCUUCAAGCAUUAUUACAUUGUAUUGUGUUUGCCUGAAGCAGAAGAUAGCAGAUGCACUCAUGCACCAGAGAUCUUGACUGUACAAGGCAUUCUUCUCCGUCUUCUAUGACACUCUUUUCGUAGACUCGCUACUCUUGGUGUAAUUGAGAAGAUAGAGAGAUUGGACGAAUGCAUUACAAUCGAAGGGUUGAGACUCAAUAGAAGUGAAGCGGAUUAUAUGAAAUGCAUGUUUAGUAAUAUCAAAAUAUCUCGAUCAGUGAUCGUUAUAGAUUUUGGGUUCUAUUGUGCAAAGAGAUGGAGAUUAUGAACAUGUAGUAAAGGUGGGUUGGUUGAAGUGGAUAGAGCGUGACCCUCCAAGUUGAAAGUUCUAGCUUAACCUUGUUCGUUCUCUCUUUGUGCAAGCAACCUUUCACCUUGUUCCUUCUCUCUUUGUAA